GUGAAAUUAGUUUCAGAACAAAGACAAUGACCCAUCGAUCGUUCACGAUCCUCGCUAACUUUCAAGAAAAUCCGAAAAAGUGUAACGUUUUAAAGAUGCUGUCUUAUCUCACACGCCAUGGGGUCUGGUAAAAGAAGGAUCCAGUGAUUGGAAGAUCCUACCAAGGUUAUUGAAUGUCGAGCAACGAGAGCUUCCAAAGGAGUAAAAGAUUUAAAAAAAAUGCAAGAGUCCCUUGUAAUUGCGGAUGGGAAGUGAGAUUCGGUUAUGGUGUGGCAGUCACCUUGGCGAUAUUCGAGGCGAAACGUUUCUUCAUGUUGAUACUAGAGAUAUUCGCCGAAUGGCAGAUCAUUCGAUUCGCGGGUGGUUUACGACCCGUCAUAUUUACACUGAUAAACGUCAGCUUAGGUUUGCCGACUGCGAUGAUAACUGUUCGUAGCAUACGCGCAAGAAAGGUGCCACGUUGCUGUGCAGAAACCAGACGAACCCUAAGAUGCCUGCUGAUAGCAAUCGCCAUAUGCGCUAUAAUGAACGCAGCCACUCUAGUUUCCAUAGGAUACCACAUAAGCGUAAGACAAGAAUCGCUGAUCGACAUUUUCAACAGCUCGAUGCGAUUGUAUGCAAGUGCAGCUUCUUACAAGUACGCCAUCGACGAGAUACAGUUCAUCUUUCAAUGCUGCGGUCAUUCCUCUUACACAGAUUGGUUCCUCUUUGACUGGCAGGGAGUGGAUUAUGCGUCCCGCGAAGAAAUGGCUGUGCAGAAUCAAAUAUCCGACGAAGAAUAUAGGGACAGAGGUGUACCAUUCAGUUGUUGCAGUUUAAGGGCAAUGGUACCUUGCGAACACUCUGAUAUCGAUACCGAUAUUAAAACUAUAAACACAAAUGGAUGUGCCGAAGUGAUUAGCCCUGUUCUUCUUAGGAUCGUCAUCGUAGCCUAUGUGAUGACUACCACUUUGGUGAUUAUUCAAGUGUUCUUAGGAUUUUUAAUUACAAAGAUUAUAAGAAAAUUAAUAUGCGGUACGUGUCGUUUCUACCAUUUUCCCAAAAUCUUUGCCAAUGAAUCUUCCAGCACAUCCUUGGACGAGUCGAGUACAGAAACGGAGAGGCGAGAUUCGAGCUCGGCCCCCUCGAAUUGGGAAGCGAAGAAGAAAAGAAAGAGGCCCGAUAAACGUUGCAGGAAAAACAUGAAACGACCACGGCAAAAGUAUGUCCACGCUAAAAAUAAAAGCAACGCCAAAGACGAUUCCAAUUACUCUUCGUCGCCGAUAGAAUCUUCACCUGUGAACGAACGUUGUCUUCAGCAUUCACCCGCGGCUCUCGAGGCAGCCAGGAUCAAACCCAGCGUCCAUCGAGAGCACACGAUAUUCACGAAAGGUUUACACGACGGGACACGAUGAAAGAGAAAAGGAAGAUCGAUUAAAAAAUCAUUUUUCCUCUACGGAAAACGUUUUAUGACUGUUUGCCAGAAUUUAUCGGCGUUCAAAACAGAAGCACCGAGUUGGAAGGAAAGUGCUCUCGGUGGAUCAAAAAAGCUUGCGUCGAGUUUGUUUUUUUCCGGGAACAGAUGGCAAGCAGUAUGGAAGAAGAUCCUGUGAACCGUGUGAAAACAGGUGUAUACGGAGAAACAGUAUCGCCUACGAUACUCCUGGAAAAUCGAUCAUGAGGAGAGCUUAAAUUCGUGCACAGAUCUAUAAAUUCGGGUAAUGAAAUGACGCAUGGUGCAUGGGUCGAGUAUGCUGGAAGACAAUGCAAAUUACGCGGCCACGAUAAUCAGAAAGUACUAAUUUCAAUGAUUAGAAAUACGCUGCGACGAGACGAGAGAGCGUGGGUGGUGGGGAUCGUUGAAUCUUGUAUUUAGUAAUUGAAGAUCGUCUACCGGAGUGCAGUACGAUUCAAAACACCGUACAAGGCGCAGUGGUUAUUUAGUAGGUGAACGUAAGUCGCACUCUACAUCUACCUUUAUCAAAACAGUUUAUCGCAGGCUUGUAAAGUUACGACUUGUAGAUCACCAACACAUAUAACGUACGUUUGAUGAUGCAAUUAAACGUACAUUUAACUGUGUAGGAUGUAGGUUGUGUUUAAAAAACGUAUAAAUUCGUACUGAAAUGUAUAGAAUUGAUUUUCGACAUUUUCUAAUGCAAUUUUUAAACAUCUAAAAAAUUUCAUGAAUUAGAAACAGAUUUCUGAAUUUAAAAAUUUAAUACUCCAAAUAUUUUGAAUUGAACAGAAACAUAAUAAUAUAUUAUAGCAUAGGGAAUA